AGGCAAAACCAGCAGAACAUUGGUCUUCAAUGGCAACGAGCAAAGUUGUAUGAGAAGAUUGGCGAUCACAAAAAGGCCAUCGAGUCGUACCAGAAAAUUGUUGAUCUAUUGCCAAUAGAACAAGGGGAACAGUGUUUACAGAUUGCAAGGGUCAUGGCUAGGAGUUGCCACUUGAAUAAGGAUGUACACUCGGCCAUUAACAUCCUGGAACAAGCAGUCUCCAAGCAUCCAUCUCUGAUCACAUCUGAAGAUGUGAAUAUGUUGGCUGAACUACACAUAUGUCAGAAGCAGCACCAACGGGCGUUACAAGUGAUCUGUGAUCAUUGUGGCGUGCAGAUGACCUCACGUGACUCUACCGCCAUCAUGGAACAAAUCACCCAAGCCGAGACUGACUCGGGAUCAGAAGCUCCAUCAGUAGAUGUGAUGGUUGCCGAGGAAUUACCGAUCGAUCUGAGAGUGAAGCUUGGCGUGUGCUUAAUUUAUGCGAAAUAUCUGCAGGCAUCGAGGGCAGUAUUGCAUGAUUUGUUUGACCAAUCAGUAGAUGACUUUGGGGAUCUGUUUUUUUACGUUGCAGAGGCUUACCUUGAAGUUGGUUGUUUCAAUGAUGCAAAACCUAUUAUUGCAACUCUAGUACAGAGCGAGGGGUACAAUCUCGCCGCAGUGUGGCUUCGGUAUGCAGAGUGUCUGAACUCGUUAGAAGAAAAAGAGCAUGCUGCAAGUGCAUAUAGGCGCGUACUGGAACUAGCGCCCUCGCACAUCGAUGCUCGUUUGGCGCUAUCUGCAAUUGAACAGCAGCUUGGUAGAUCUCAAGCAGCCCUUGAUGUCCUCUCUCACGAAACACAGAUGGAGGAUGAGGAUUCGUCAACAGAAAAAGACAUACAGCUGAUCCACCAGAAGUGCAUGUUGUUGUACUCCCAAGGCGAUAUGCGCAUGUUUGCUAAGCAAGGACUCAGAAUGAUGGCUCAUCACUUCUCUGAUACUUUUUACCACAACGAAAAUAUCUCAAAUGAUUUGAAAACACGCAGAAAAAUAAGGAUGUUAAAAUAUCAACGUCACUUACGAAUACUGACGGAGGCUGAGCCCUGUAAUCUGAUAGGGGACGACAGUCUGAUCGCGAAAGAGGUCUGGUGGGAAUUAUUCAAGAAGGUAUCACAGGCCCUGGCAAGCUGUGGGGAGUUCACAGCGCUGCAUCAUCUGCUGUCGUCAGCCAUGUGGUCAAAUCAAUAUGCAAAUCAUCCACUAAAGUUGAAGGAAAUUGGACAUAUGAUGAUAUUUGCAGCGUAUCUCAGCGGUGAUUUUCUAAACCAAAAAGCAAACUGGUAUUUAAGAAAUGCCUGCAGAAAGGAUGGUGAUUACAUGCAGCCCUGGAAUCUGCUAGGAUUGAUGAUGGCCCAACAUCAUGACAUGAAGUUCUUGAUGCGGUUUUGUUUUCGUCUUACAAUAGGGAAAUACCCUGACAGCUUUGCUCUUGCCCUGUUGAAUGGUCACCAUGCAUUUCAUAGGGGAAGUUACAAGCAUGCACUAGGCGAGUAUGUGCGUGGGUACAAGAUGGACCCAGACUCCGCCAUGACAAACCUCUUCAUCGCUCUAACAUUCCUUCAUAUUGCUUGCCAAAAGUUUCCUACAAAGCGACAUAUGUUGAUAAUGCAGACAGUUGCAUUUUUAAAAGAAUAUGAAAAGCUAAGAGGUGAUACCCAAGAAACCAAUUACAACAUCGGUCGUGCAAUGCAUCACUUGGGUUUAUUUCAUCUUGCAAUACAUUUUUAUAAUACGGUCCUAGAAACAGCACGUUGAUAUACAGAUCCAGUGGGAAUGACGAUCUAGCAAACCAUAUGUUGAUGACACAUAUCGUGGUAUGACAUGCACAAGAUGUUAAAUGGUUUCAGUUUAAAAGACAUGAUACAUCCACAUGGUUCAGUGGUAGAGCCUUUAGAGUAGCUUCCAAUUUAGUGGAUGUGGUUCGAGCCAGAAAUUGGUCAUGACGUAUUUAUCUUUUGGUUACUGUCUGUUCAUCCAGAUGAUUGGUCCUUUGUUCAUCCCAGACUUUUUUAAUGGUUGGUCCUUGAUAUCGGAAAUUAAUGUUUCAUUGAAACAUGUAUGCAACAGUGGUAAGUAGCCUUACACUCAAAGCAAUGUAAUGCAUUGGGACUACAUACAGGAAUCCCGAGUUAGAAGAAGUAAUUUCCGGGAGAUCGGUUGAAUAGCUUUCUCAGAACAUCUAAUUUUAUUUUGCUGCUUAUGGUGAUAAAAAUAAUACAAAAUAGACACAAACUUCUGUGAGACAAAUGACAGUAAAAAGUAAUACAAUAGUAAGAACAUGCAGAUUUAAUUAAUUUGCUGGAGAUGGGUUAUUUUCCAGUACAUUCUUGUUAGGGUGCAGAAGGACGUCCUUAUUUCUGGGAGAGACUUGCAAUUUGCGGGAGAUUUGGGACCCACAUUAUAGCAGUCUCAAUGCUAUUUAAAAAAGAAAAGUGUAUGCUUUUCAGAUUUUGAAUUGAAUAAAAAUACAUUCUCAAAUCGUGUCAGUGUCCACAUUUGUUUGCAUAACUGUAGUCAUAUUAUAGAGUAAAAGAAUG